CUCAAAUGGUGGGUCCACACACACACAGUCUCCACAGGGAGAGAGAGAAUCGGCCCAUCCAUCCACAUACAAAGCACCCUAUUGUCAAUCGAUUGGCAUCUUCACCGCACAUAUAUAUAACCCCGAGUCAUGCCAUUGCCAACACCCCCCUUCCUCAUUAUUUAUUUCUGUCUUCUCAGAUUGUCUUUGCAACCACAACCCUUCUCUCUCCUCCUUCUCUUCACUUUUCCCUUUCCACAUCUCUGUUAACUCACUUUCUCUCUGUCUCUCACACUCCAUCCAUAGUCGAAACUGACGCGAAAGCGAGGUUAUGAUGAGUGACCAAGAGUGGGUGAAAGCUGCGAUGACGGACGACUCCAUGGUGGUGGAGCUGCUGGUGACGCUGAACCAGGCUACGCCACCGCCUAAGACGGCUUUGCCGCUCGAGUGGACAGUACGCCAGCCUCGGUCCAAGACGAUGACGGUUAAGUCUACCACGAGGGCCAGCCCCACCACUCCGCUUUCCUGGAGCGGCGCCACCUCUUUUAGCGGCGGCGCUGGUGGUGGAAGUGGAAGCGGAAGCGGAAGCGGUGGCGCCAUCGAUGGUGGUUUGGAAGAGUCCAGCCGUCCACUUCCCAAACGCUCAGUUGGCUCAGACACAACAAGAUCUAAGGUCAGAGUUUGUGCCCUCUUUCUUCUGUUCUUCUUUAGCGGUAUUGUUAGUUUUAUUGACAUCGUCAUCACUUCUCCGGUGGCCGGCGAUAUUACGGGAACAAGUGAAAGAACCACAUCCAAGAGGUCAAGAAAGAAGAAGACUUUAGCUGAACUUAAAGAAGAGGAGGUCUUGCAAUUGAAGGAAAAAAGGCGUUUGACGAGGGAACUAGCAUGCAUUUGCAGUACUUUAGAAAAGCAGAGAGCCACAAAUGAGAGCUUGAAGAGAAUGAAGCUUGAUUUGCAAUCACAGCCAGCAGCUGAAAGAGUUCCUACAGUUGCACGUGAGGAAGCAAUUUAUGAUCAACUUCAGCAAGAAACAGCAGCUUAUGACCCUGUUCCUCCAAUCUUGCCACCAAUUGUCACAAGCAACGAUCUUUUUGCUUUACCGCAACCCUCCCGUCCAAACAGUUUUUCUCCAGUGCAGAAGGAAGCCAGGGAUAUGGAGACUAAAUUUGAGCUACCUGAUCUAAAUCUUGCGUUUGAGGAGGAUUCAUAUGGAGUAAGCUAGAAUGACCAAGCAUGUGCUGAUGAUCUGUUCUUCAAACGAAGUUGGGUGGAUAUAGCGAGCCACACCUUCACCUAUACUCAAAUAAGUGCCAACUGUGAAAUAUUGUAACCAAUCACCACCUUCUGCACUUCUCGAACUGAAUGUGGAAGUAUGUUUUUCACUCAUGACGGUACUGAGGGUAGUUAGGAUCUGAGUUUUUCUUUACGAAGGUACUGCAGGUAGCGCAGAGAUCUUAACCCAGGGAAGUAAUCACAUUCCUUUGUCGCAGGUUGCUUCAUUGUCUGAAAUUCUUUGGGGCCAACCCUCAUUCCUUCAAUUUCUUUCGCAGAAAUAUUUACAGAUAGGAUGCAAGUACGAUAAAAGAUAAUCAAAUGUUCAGUACUUUGAAGAGGAGUUUUUUCCAAUCUGAUUUCUCAUUCCUCCCCCCCCCCCCCCCCCCCCCCCCCCCCGGUAUUCUGCUCGUUCUGUUUUUCUUGUUUGUGAGAAAUCUGACAUUGGAGGUCGUAUGAAAUCUACU